AUGAAAAUAGGUUUGUUAAGAAAAUUUGCCAUUCCUUCAAAAUUUUCUAAUACAUUAUAUUUGAAGUCUAGAAAUUAUUGUACUUCUGUAUCAAGUAUAGAACCUAAUAAAAAAAAAAAAGAAAUUAGUCAAAUACCAAUUAAAGAAUUAAAAGCUGCAAUUGAUGAAGCAAAUAUAUCUGUAGAGAAAUAUUCUUUAUCUAGAGGAUUAUCAUUAAAUAAAUUUGAAAAGGAUUUUUUUAUUUAUCCAGAAUUUAUUGAAACAGAAGAGGUUGAUGACUUGAAAAAAUAUUGUGAUAAAUUAACAAAUGAUCUUAAGGAAAGUUUUCGUUUUGCUGAUGAUGAUGAUAAAUGUUUACCUUGUGAAACAAUACAAGCUCUUUUAAGUAAUGAGGUAAAUCGUUUAUUUGUUCCCAAAGCAUAUGGUGGUUUAGAGUAUUGUCUAAAAAAACAAAUAAGAGUUUUUGAAAGUUUAGGAAUAGAUUUAUCCCUUUAUAAUGUUGUUAAUAAUUCAAGAUUAGCAAUACAAUUAUUGUCAAUAUAUGGAACAGAAGAACAAAAAACAAAAUAUCUUCAUGGUUUAAGUGAAAAUUUAAUUAGACCUGCUAUAUGUAUUUAUGAAGAUGAUGAAUUUGAUUUUGCUAAUAUGAAGACAGAAGUUUCUGGUGUCUCUCAUGAUAAUUAUAAAUUAAAUGGUUUAAAAAUAAAUGUUAUAAAUGGUAGAACAGCAGAUUUAUUUUUUAUUUUAGCUAAAAAAAAAACACGUGAUAAUAAUGUUGAAACAAUUUCAUGUUAUGUAAUUUCAAGAGAUGACAAUUCAGAUAACAAAAUAAUAAUUCAAAAUGGUUCUUCUCAUAUAGGAUUACAAAGUAUUGACUUUUGUGAUAUUAAAUUUGAUGAUAUAAAUAUAAAAGAAGAAAAUGUAUUGGGUAAUGAGGGCAAUGGAGUAGAUAUAGCAUCGGAAAUAAUUUAUAGAAAUAAAUUACAAUAUGCGGGAGCAGUAAUUGGUUUUAUGAAAAAUUUAUUACAAGAUUUAUCAAAUUAUUGUAAUUCUACAGUUCGUGGAAAUAAUCGUUUAUCAGAUUCUUGUAGUGUUAAAAAAGUUAUUGGUGAUAUAGCAAUGGAUAUAUAUGUUUUAGAAUCUGUCACCUAUUAUAUUGGUGGAUUAAUAGAUGAAAAUUUAAUGAUUUUAACGGAUAUUGAAGAAAAUGUUAUAAAUCGUUUAUCAUCAAAAAUUUUAAGAAAUGCAAUGAAAUAUUUAGGAGAAAUUUCAGGUUUAGCUAAUGCACAUGGAUUAUUAAAAAAAGAAAAGAUAUGUGCUGAUAUUAUUACUUUACUCUCUAUGAAUAAUCCUGAAAUGAAUAUUAUUGAACAAAUUUCAUUGUCAACUUACUAUACUUGGGCAAAAAAUAAAAAUAUUUCACAAACAAUAAAAAAAAUAUCACCAUUAAAAGCAAUAUUUGGUGCAAAUUCUGAAAGUAACUUUUUGAACCCAAAACCAAAACAUUUUAUUGCUGAACAUGUACAUCCAUCAUUACAAUAUGCUUGUAAAAGUUUAGAAGACACAAUGGCUCGUUUAGAUAUUCUAAUGGAUAAAGUUGUUAAAGAAGAGGGAAAAAUUAUUGAAAAUGAUUAUCAUACAUUACAAUUAUUAGCCAAUAUAAUUGAAUCUAAUUUUAUAAUGACAGCCUGUAUAACAAGAGCCAGUAGAUCUUACUCAAUUGGAUUAAGAAAUAGUGAUUUAGAACUAGCUUGGACAUCAUUUUUAUGUAGUGAUUUAGAAAUAAAAAAUAAAGAAACAAUGUUAUCAUUGAUGCAAUAUUUAAAUGUUUUUAAUAUCAAUCGGUCAUUUGUAGGUAUUGGAAGUAGCAUUUUAAAUUCAGGAAAAUAUUUGAUAGAAAGUCCAAUAGAAAAAAAUUGGUAA